AUGGACUCGGUGCUGAAGAAUGUCACGGCUGCGGGCAAUUACAAGGAGCACAUCGAGAAGACAAUCCAUCAGGUGUUCGUGCAUGUCUUCGAAAUGGGUGACGAGAGGACACGUUCGGCGCUUCACAAACUGCGACAGACGUGGACCGGCAUAUUCCAGCGAUCGACGCUGUACAAGAUCGAUUUGGCGGUGCAUGCCAUUGAUCCGGCUUGGCCAGUUGUCACACCGCAGCCUAUCAGUGCUGCAGCAGCAUCAUCUGCGCCGCCACAACAGCAGCAGCAGGUGUCGCAACCGCAGCAGCAGCAGCAGCAUCCGCGAGCGUCACCCAAAGUUCAUGUAAAUCCACAUUUUUUCCAGAAAACUGUUGCAUCAACAGCAAAUGCGACCACUUCUGGUGCUGCAGCGCCAGGAGCAGCAGCAGCAGCAGCAGCAGCUUCUGCCUCCAACUUUGAUUAUGAAGGGAUGAUGUGGAUGAAAGAUUUCGCACUCAACCCAGCAAUAAUGUGUUUGACGGUGCACCAGCAAUACGCUCAUUUGUGCGAAGGUCAUAAUUACACAUUACUUCAAAUCACAUCCGAGAUUCCUUUGUGGCACAUGCCCAUAUCCUCGCAUUUAAAAUUAUCACUCAGAGUAAGCCGUGAGCUCGAAGUCUUAGUUCUAGCGUUGAGUAGGUCAGCAGACGGAAAUAUUGAAGUGUAG